CCCAAACCUCCAUCUUUGUUUAUUGGAUGGCGGAAGGAGAGAGGCCUUCGAAUGAAGUCGAAAGUAAUGAUAACUUAGUGAAUUCAUGGCUAGCAAACGGAGCUCUAUCGUGUCCCAAAGUCCUACUGAGAAUUGGACAGAUGACCUCCCAGUCUGCAAAUUGUCUGGGGUUGGUUUCCUUACAAAUCAAAGGUACAGAGAGGAUGGUGGAAGAAGGGAGGAACAUGAAUUAGAGGACAGGAGUUUCCAUUUCAAUGUAGAUGACACAUAUCUCUAUGGAGUCUUUGAUGGUCAUGAUGGAACAAGGGCUUCAGAUUUUACUGUUCAGAGACUCCCUGCUGAGCUAUUACUUGGUCAGCUAACUGCUGAUAUGAAUGAUGAGCAGAUCAAGGGAGCCAUCAGGCAGGCCUUUAUUGUAGUUGAAAAAGGAUUCUUCCAAUCAUUAGAUGAUGCUUUGGCUGAGAAGACAGAAAUUCAAUUAUCAAUGCCUGAGGGUCUGAGCUCAUAUGAAGCUUACCAACAGUUCCCAGAUGAGGUUGCCAGAAUGCAGGCCUUGCAAGAUGAGAUCAGUGGUGGUACUACUGCUGUAGUAGCUCUGAUUUUCCAAAAUAAACUCUUUGUGGCUAAUGUUGGUGACUCUAGAGCACUCUUAUGUAGAGAGACUCCUGAAGGAAGUAUUUCUGUGACGCAGCUGAGUGUUGACCACGUCACAAGUAACAACGACGAGCUUACUCGGCUGGCAAAUCUGGGUCUGGACAUUCAGCAGAUAUUAAGGAAUCGUCGGAUUGGAAAUCAGGAGAACACAAGAAGUAUCGGAGACUAUUGUGUUAAAGGUGGCUACAAGGACUUUGAUAUUCUAAGUGCCGCUACUGAAGAGCCUGUUAUCGCAGAGCCUCACAUUUGCGGUGGCUUUCCAAUUGACGAAACCUUCCACUGUCUGGUGCUGAUGUCGGAUGGUGUUUACAAGUCCAUCGAUGAAGCGUCAGAUGUAGAAACCAAUUCCAAUUUUGAUGUUGUUCGGCUGGUCGCUGAAGAACUUCAUUGUCAGAACAACAUGACUGGUGUGGCACAAGCUGUUGUGGAUAGAGUGGGCAGGGCACAUCAUGACACAUACAUGACCCAAAUGUCCAAGUGUCAGAAAAGAGAUGAUAUGACAUUACUGAUUCGAAUUUUCAAAGAGGAGAUCGCCAAUAGUUUGAAGAGUCCAAGGGCUCCCGGAAGACAGUCGGUGUCAGCGAUGCCUCCCAUGAGUCCCGGAGUGCUUCCUGUGUCUGUACCAUAUAACCCUUCCAACCCCAUGACGGGGAGUGCUCCUUCACUGUACAUACCGUCCGGAGUACAGACCAGACCUGCACCAAGCGGAAACAGCCCGAGUCCUACCACGUCCACACCCACCAACUUAGUACCACAGGUGACCAUCUCGCGGUCAGACACUCAGAGUUCCGCUUCAUCGGCCAGCGGAUCGCCUUCUGGUUCAUUUCCUCCCGAGCAUGCAACUGCUUUGGGUGCGAGUAGUCAAGGUAUUGACGGCGAAGGGGAAAGCAACGAACAGGAGCAAGGAACAGAAACCAGCGAGGAAACUAGGGUGCAUUCGUAUGUGGAUUUCACUGACUUUAAUCGCCAGGUGGAUGAACUUGGAGCGGAUAAUGUUUAUGGGUGGGACAAUCCCAAACCAGCGGCACCAACGACGCCGGUGUAGAUCUUUUUAUUUUUUUAACUGAACCACUUUAAAUUUGAUUGUAGAAAAUUUUCUUUAAAAUUUGGCCUAGGGACGAUGGAGCCUAUUUUUAACUUGAAAGAGGGGGGGGGGGAAGGGGGGGGGCUUGAGUACGAGUGCCUGGGGGCGCGAGUUUGUAGGCAUGGGUUUGAACCAUCCUACCCCAGAAAAAUUUGAAAUUUAUUCUUCCUACGUACCUCAUACUUAAAAUACAAAUAUCGUCCUUGCCAAAAGUGAGGGAAGCUAAAGCCCCCCCUCCCCACCCCCUGCCUCGCUGUUGACCUGAGAACCCGCGCUUGAAAGUGCUGGAUGGUUCUUCCAGAGAGAGUAUCCCGUGCAUAAACUAAACUUCUCAUGCACGUCAUGUCCAUUCGGACAUUUUCUCUCGGAUACUAGACGGGAAGAAGAAGAGGCUUUUUUAGGAACUUUAAAUGUGGUAAUUGGACAAGUUAUGAUUACAGACCUCGAGAAUCUACUUGGAUUUCGAGGGAACAUUACCCAGGAGUAAUGUAGCACGAAUGUGAAUAUAUUUUGUGUGACUUUUAUUGUUGUACCUGUAAAUGAUCAAUUCUACUCUGUAGUCGUAUUAAAUUUCAUUUCAUUUUCAA